CACACAGCGUCUCCGCAAUCACCAUUUCCGAACAGGUCAAGAACGAGGGGAAACCCUAAUCAGAGAAGCAGAAAUCUGUUAGAUCGAAUCGAUUUGGAGUCACGAUGGCCAUGGCUGCACUGAGACGCGAGGGCAGGCGGAUCGCCUCCCCAUUCGCUACUUCUCAUGUCAUCAAUCCCAUUCGUUCAUCUCUUGUUAGCUCCGAGGAUAAUGCCCUCACAGGAGUUCGCUCUAUUUCAACUCAAGCUGUCCGCAACCGUAUGAAGAGUGUUAAAAAUAUUCAGAAAAUCACUAAGGCCAUGAAGAUGGUUGCUGCUUCGAAGCUUCGAGCCAUCCAAUCAAAAGCUGAAAAUUCUCGUGGACUCUGGCAGCCAUUCACUGCUCUUCUUGGUGACUUUCCAAGUGUUGAUGUCAAGAAGAAUGUGAUUGUUACUGUUUCUUCGGAUAAAGGUCUUUGUGGCGGAAUUAACUCCACAGUUGUCAAGAUCAGCAGGGGCCUUCAUAAGUUGAAUUCCGGCCCUGAUAAGGAGUGUAAAUAUGCAAUUCUGGGAGAGAAGGCGAGGGCCCAACUUAUUCGAGACUCUAAGAAAGACAUUGAGUUAACAAUGACAGAGUUGCAGAAGAAUCCAUUGAACUAUACACAGGUUGCGGUGCUUGCUGAUGACAUCCUAAGGAACGUAGAGUUUGAUGCAUUAAGGGUUGUUUACAAUAAAUUCCACUCAGUCGUGUCAUUUCUGCCAACAACCUCUACUGUACUAUCUCCCGAGAUUGUUGAGAGGGAAGCUGAAGCUGGGGGGAAACUCGGGGAACUUGACUUGUAUGAGAUUGAAGGUGGAGAAUCAAAGUCUGAAGUCCUUCAAAACCUCGCUGAGUUCCAGUUUUCUUGUGUUUUGUUCAAUGCCGUGUUAGAAAACGCUUGCAGCGAACAAGGUGCUAGAAUGUCUGCCAUGGACAGCUCCAGCAGGAAUGCCGGAGACAUGCUUGACCGUCUCACGCUCACUUAUAACAGAACUCGUCAAGCUUCCAUCACUACUGAAUUGAUUGAGAUUAUUUCUGGAGCAUCGGCACUGGAGGGCUAACUGAACCAGGUUCCUUCAUCUCUCUGUUUUUACCUCUUAAGAAAGUUGAUGAAAUAAAUACAGCGCAGUUUCCGGAAACACCUUACUUUCGAGCCUUUUGUCUGAUUUAAGAAUAAUAUUUUCUCGGCUGAUCUUGGGCGACGAAAACAGCACUAUUGUGCACAAUAUGUCUUAUAAUCCUGUUUCAACUCUCCCUUGUUCGGACAUGAAAAUUGCUCGUUUUGGGACUAUUUUCGUAGAUUUUGGUACAAUUUUAUCGAGACCGGAUUAUGUCUUUACGCUUGCGAAAAUGCCAGGCUUCUUGAUUUAUGUUAUGUACGGAUAUGCCGAUCAAGGGUGUUUAACUUGUGUUUUUAAUCUCUAA